GACCUUUCUUAUUUCUUUUUUGGACUCUAGCGUGACCUUAGUAUUUAAGAUGUAGUUACUACUUCCAAAGUAGUUUUGCAGUUCCAUCUGCCCAACAUACUCGACCAACACCUUGCUUUUCCAGAGCACACUACAACAUAAUGGUUUCCGAAGACAUUGGCUCUCUCUUACAUGGAUCGUCUUAUCAGGCUCCUGGCGGCGGCGCUCUCUAUGAACCACUUCGCGAAAAGAUGAUUGCCGUCGCUCUUGAGAUGGGGUAUGAUCGAGAAACAAUGACAGAAUGUGGCGUCAACUGGUCUGACGAUCAAGACCCUUUCAAACACGUCAAAAACCAUGGAUACAUGCACUACAUGACGGCCUGCAACAUGCGCGUAGUAUUUUCAUUUGAGAAAUGGUUGGGCAAGGAACGUUUUGACGAUUUUAUGAAUGUGAGACAUAUUGGAUGCGUAGUUCAAUCAUUAACUUUGAACUUGAAAAGGCCCGUGAAGUUUCCGGAUUCACUCCUCGUGGCAAAUCGCAUAACGAAGGUACUUCCCGAUCGAUACUUUGGAAUCACGACAAUAUGGUCACUGAGACAACAAGCAAUCGUCGCUGAGAACACAGGCUACAUGACAUUUUUCAAUUAUGACACAGGGAAGCCGGCAAACUUGAUCGAAGCAGGAGGAGUGUAUAAGGACUUACACGAUGCGUUAGUGGCGCGUAUGGAAAAGGAAAAUAAGAUAGCUGAGCAGUGGGAAAAAGAUCACCCAAAGAAAGUGAAGGCGAAAAUUUGAGAGUAAAACCACCAGAUCAUAGAGCUGCUGCACGGUUCAUAACAUCA